AUGCCCGCUACCGCGUCCCGUGCCGUUCUUCGGCAAUCGCAGUUCCUGACCCGGAGGACCGCUGUCAGAUACGCUUCCUCCACUCCGGAGUCUGCUCAGAAGGCUGGCGAGGCUGCAUCCUCUGCUGCCUCUAAGGCCUCUGAGGGUCUCUCUCGUGUCACAUCCACCGCUGGCCCCGCUCUUUCGAAUGCCGCCCAGGGCGUCGGCAGUGCUCUGAGGAAGGUUGGUGGAAGGACCGGAAAAGUCAUCGCUUUCGUCGAUUUGGGAGCCGUGGUCAUCAAUGCCAUUGUCGCCACGACUCCUGCGUCUAUGAUACCCCCUACCCUCUACUACGGCAAGGUCGGCCUUGAACUCGCCAAGCUCGUUUUCCGUGGACAGAACAUGACUCCUCCCAACCUGGCUACCUUCCAGUCCUUCUACCAGCCUCUGCUCAACGCUUUCCGCAGUCCUGCCGCCCUUAAGAACGCUAACUUCGUUUCUCCCGGAGACAUCGCCGCCCGUGUCCGCAAUGCCAACAAGAAGGAAAUCGCCCUGGCCGGUGUAACUCUCGCGGAGAUUAUCGGAUUCUUCACUGUCGGUGAGAUGAUCGGUAGAAUGAACAUUGUCGGCUAUAGGGGCCACCCUGAGCACCACGGAGACCAUUAG